GAGAAUGGACGGCUUGAAGCUGUUGACAAGGUAUUUCAAAAGUACCGCUUCCACUUCACCAUCACCAAAACGAAAACUACUGCAUAUAUUACGGAUGCAGACAUGCAAUCCCAAGGACAUCGUUAUGUGAUCGCCGAAUACAAGAACGAAACCGGGAAUGCAUCAGCCGAGCCGUAUUUCCAAGCCAUAGGAUACUACCUGGAGGGGACGAGAGAUAAGGCUGUCAAAUUCAGCAGAUCCCCUUUGCCCUGCCUCCUUCUCGCCAUUUUCGGGCCACAUAUAGUGUUUGCCGGUGCCGCAUGGAAUUUGCGUCCGACGGUACAGAUCUUGUCAACACCUAUUGCGUUUCACUUUCAUUCCACCGAUAUCCACAAUCGACUUACUGUGACACGUCACAUGGCCGCUUUUCGCAAAGCUGCCGAAAGGCUGAAUGAGUAUUACGAAAACCUGACAGAAACCCCUCUUCUUACUUCCGCACCAGUCCCCCCUCAUAUGUUCGCGUACCCAACGAGUUACAGAUCGCUUCACAGCAAUACACUGAAACAUUUCCGGUACGUGAUAGAACUGGACUCUGACAAGCUCGUCUUUUCCGGAACUGAGGACGAAGGCGAUCAUAUCUGUAUCAAAUUCGUUCGAACUUAUUCGUGUGAUGCCCAUAAACACUUUGCAUCUUUGGGAUGUGCCCCAGCCUUGCGAGGGUUCGAAAAGAUCGCCGGUGGCUGGUUCAUGGUGGUCAUGGACAUGCUCCCUGCCGACUUUGAGAUGCUGAGUGCCCGCACGGGACGGCUCCCCCUUUCUGUCUUCACCGAUAUAUCCGCAAAACUGGAAAGUCUUCACGAAGCUGGUUACGUCCAUGGCGAUAUUCGCGACACGAAUAUUAUGGUGUCCAAGACCAACAAAACACAGUUCAUGAUCGUCGACUUUGACUGGGCAGGAAGCAUUGAGGAGGCACGCUACCCAGCUGGUGUCAAUCACAUAGACAUAUCCAGGCCACUGGAAGCUCGCGACGGGAAAAAGAUCUUGAAGGAUCACGACAUUUUUAUGCUCCAAGACAUGAAAAAUUCCAAAUUCAUGGAUUAGGUGUAUUCUAUUUGUAUCAUAAUGUAGCAAAAUCGUCAUGCUGAGUGAUGUGUAUUCUAUAUGGUUUUUGUAACUGAGUAAAGGUUCAGGCUAAGAAUGACAGUGAUUUCAAUAAAAUAUGACGCUGGAUUU